AUGUCUAUUCAACAAUAUUGUCAAACACAACAAAAUUUUUUUGAUUUAUCGGCUGGAACGAUAAACGAAUGUGGAUAUUACAAUUCUCAAUUAGGUCUACAUCAAGAAGAAUAUGAUGAUGCCAAGCCACUUCGAAAACGUCGAGAUGAUACUAAUGUUGAAAUCAAUAAACUUUAUGAUGCAACAUAUGUGCGACGACCUGGUCAACGUGAAGUUAUACGUGUAGGUGGACGAAAGAAUAAAAAUGAAAUUUUAGGUUUAACAAAUGCUCGUUUAAUCAAAGACAUAUAUUUAAAUGGUGACAAAUACUCACGCGAUAUUGAACUUGUACGAGGUAUUCAAACAAAUAUUAAUAAUCGUGAAUUUGUUCUUGUACUUCGUAAUGAUGGUCGUAUCGUCGCUAUGAGCGAUGAAGUUGAACAGCAUUUAGGAAAAACAAUGCGUUCAUUAUAUACCCAAUGUAUGAAUCUCUAUGAAUGUCUUGAUGAAACUGAUGGCAAACGAUUACAGUCCAUUCUUGAUUCGACAGAUGACUUGGCAGGUGAAGAACAUCAACUUGUUUGUACUUUUCGUUUACCUAAAGGUAAACGUCCUAGUCGAACACGUGAAGAUAUCAAAACAAUUACAAUGGCAGGCCAUUUCUAUACAUGUCAUGAUUCAUGUUAUGAUCGUUUAUUUGUUGCUCGUUGUCAAGCUUUAGUUUCUUGUACAACAAAUGAAACGAGUUCAUCGCAAACAACUUUAAUGGCUAAUACAAUGGUUAAAAUUACAUUAAAUGAUGAUAUGACUGUUAGUACAGUAUCAUCAAAUAUGAAAGAUAUACUUGGUUAUUCAAGAAAUGAAAUGAUUGGAAAUUGGUUUGGUCGAUAUUUAGUACGAGAUGAUUUGGAAAAAUUCGAAACUAUUCGACGUGUCCACUUUCAAAAUGAACGUACACCAAAAAUUAUUAGUGAAGUAUUCGAUGUAUAUGCACAAAAUGGUGAAAAUCGUUUGACAUUCUUUUGUCAAAUACGACCAACUCGUGAACGACGAGCUAAAACAAUUAAAUAUUCAUUUGAUGCUCAAUUAAUCGAUCCAUCAAUGCGAAAUGAAUAUAUUAAAUAUAUUCAUGCAGAUACUGAACCAAUCUAUGCACCAAUCAAAGUCGAACAAGUAAAUUUGGUCUCACCAUCAAUGCCAAAGACGAGCGAAGAAACCAUCAUGGCCCAUAGUCCAUCACUCUCCAUGGGUCUCCUUAUGUUCGACAAUGGCAGCAACAGCAAUGACUUUUUCCACCAACAACACCCGUCGCCAUUCACUCGAUCACUUUCAAAUGCAGUUGCACCAUUCAUAUUCGAUAAUGAAUCAUCGCAAUUAUUUCAAUAUGAAUAUGAUCAAUAUUCAGCAGAUACCAACAUGCAAUACUGGACAACAAAAACAGUCGAUGAUACAUAUAUGAAAUGUCAACUUGAACAAGAAUUAGCAAGUAUUGACGCAUUAAUAAAUGAUUUCUAG